UGGCAAUGCUACUUGCAUCUGUCCUAUUCUAAAAUUUGUUUUCGAAUUUGGAAGACAGUUUAAUACUUUAAUUGAAAUUUUCUGCAACGAAUGUGUCACAAGGAGAUAGAUGUAGAAGAAUAGUGUGCUAUCUCUAGUUGAAAAAGAGGAUUAUAUACACACGCAUGCCGCUCAAAAGGAAGCAACAUGACAAUUCCUUUGUCCUUGAUUGACGUGUACAUACUGUUUGCGUUUUUUUUCCAGCGGUGUGCAUUGCCCAGCCAGACAGGGGCAGCCCACGCAGUAAAUGCUCGGGAGGACUCAUCCCAGCAUCCACCUCGGCAUCGGCUUGUACACGAGCUUUAUGCGCUACUGCCUCUUCGACGUCAACCUUAUCCACGUUUAUUUCCCCAUUGAGUGACCGCGGUGAAUACAGGUAUCUUUGCAGGAUAUGCGGAUUCAUGGCUAAACGUCGCAAGCAAGCUCUAGAACAUCAAUACAAACAUCUUGAAAACUAUCCAUACCAAUGCAGUAAGUGUGACUACGGAACUGUACGGAGCUUCAAUCUUAAACGCCAUUAUGGCCGUAUUCACUCGAUUGUAGCGACGGAUGUUUCCGACGACGAGAACACGGGUGAGACGGACACAGGUGGUCGAGGUUCCGAUUUGAAGCAAACGGAAUACCACCCACAUCAUCAUCACCACCAUCACCAUUCUCAGCUCCAACAGCAGCAGGCACAGCCACAGGCAUACAUUAAACAACGUGAUCAAGAGCAAAGGCCAGCAGAGCAUCAACAGCAGCUGCAACAGCAAACUCAGCUCGAACAGCAGUAUCGUCGUUGCGCGCUUGUCGAGUCAUCAUCGGAGCAGGAACAUCAUCAUCGUUAUCAGCAACAGCAGGAGCAACAACAACAACAACAGCAUGAACAACAAGAAGUGCGUAGGCGUGAUCAACUUGCGCCACAACACAGGCAGCAGGUCAACUCAGCGGCAGAACAUCCUGUAAACACUGACGCCUCCGAUCUCACAACAGAUAACUGCACGGCUAUAGCGACCGAAGUGACAAGCAGUCAUAGCGGGUGCAGCAACAACAAGACCCAGCUAUCAGCUACGGACAGUCGUUGCAUUAUUUGUACUCCGAAUACGACACCUCCAAUUGUUCCAGUGGGAACCCAGUCCGUUGUGUCGACACAAUUAGAUAUUUCUGGCAGAUGUCGGCCUUCGCCACAGGUGACCAUAUCUCUUACAGCCGGUACCGUGGCGACGGUUACCACAACUACUAGAAUCGGUAUCGUUGCUCAGCAGUCGCAGAUAUUUACUUCAACGCCUGUUACCGCAUUCGGGACUCCCCCGACUGCCAAGAGACCUCUGCUCGUUGCUGUUCCUGGCGUCGGAGCAAUAGCUCCAUCAGUGGGAGGUGCGAGCACAAAUCUGUCUUCGGCAAUUCCAUUCGCGGCCCAAGCUCUUCAAGAACUAAGCAGAGCGCCCCGUCUCGGCGUGUUCACGCAGCAGUCGCAACAGCAGCACCAAAUAGAAUCUCACCAGGCUUUGCUUAGCCAGCCAGUAGGACGUGAUCAGUCGAAUUCUUUAAUGGUCGCCGAGUACUCGCGACCUCUUUGCAGUACACCAACAUUGUUACGAACGAUGACGCCUGUUGGGUAUGCAUCGGCUAUUAGUGCUGGAGGGGAUUCCGGACUCUUCACAUCCAUUAUAGACGAUCCUCCAGAAACAGAUGGCCCUGAGGAAAUUAUCGAAGAACAACAGCAUCCGCAUCAAAAACAGCUCUCACCGAUGUCCACUGCCAACUCCGGUAACAUUCAAACAACCUCAACUUGUGCAAAUGUAUCCGAAUUCACUCCACAAAGCAGCAGAGAAUUUCUCGAUGACCCUAACACAAUUAUGCAACAACGUUUGCGGAGUGUAUGCCCUCCUGAAGAACGGGGAGAACGACUCAGUCCUCCUACGGGGGCUGCCAGACGCAAAUUUCGACUGCCAUAUCAGUUUGCUUCAGGAGCAGCAUUAGCAGCAGCCACUUCAGGUGGAUGCAACCCUUGCAGCAGCAGAGUCUCACCGGAUUUAUCAUCAUCUCGAAAUCUCAGAACGGCAAUAUUCAAAUCUAACCGGAGCGUCCGGCGUCAUUCGAUGAAUCUCGCGGAAGGCAGUGAGCCCAGGGAGAUUCAGAACAGGCGCAUUCAGAACAGGCGUGACAGGAGAAGAAGCAAGAAACGUCCCACAACUGCGCGUGCUGUUAAUGAAGAGAGUUCUUCCUGUUCAGAAGGUGGGGGCACACGUCACGAGGAAACCACUAGCGACAGUGACUGCCUCGUUAUCGAAGAAGCGACUUCGGACAUGGACGAUAUGUCAUAGUCAUAGCCGCUUCGUUAAGUAAUCGAGGAUCGAUCUAAUUAUAAUAUAUUAUAACUGCUGGUCUCGAAACUCGAAAAGACUGCACAGAUGUAAAAUAUUUAGGCUUACAGUCGAUUAUAAAUCUACGCAUAUAAAUAUAUAUAUAUUGUUUAUUGUUGGCGAGAAAUAGGUGUUGGAGCUUCUAAAAUGCUAAUGAGUGCAUGGAGAAACUUAAACAUCGUUCUUGUUAAUAAUGACGAUCACGUGCUCAAGUGUUCGAUGUUUCCAAAGAGAAUGUUUACAAAAACAAACAAAUAUGAGCCAAGCAAAGUCACAAGUGUUUACACUUGAUUUAUGUUUAUCGUUGCUGCUAUUCUAAAGCACAUAGUCCAUGGCCACCUCGUGCAUUAAACGCUAACUCUUCUCUCAAGCAUUAAUCAAAUCAAUGCCAAAGCUUGACAAUGGCCUGUUUAUAGGCUUUGUAGAACGAUUUCUACGGAGAUGUUCUGCAUAUCGUGCAAGUAUAUAAAAUAUCUAUCGAGCCAAUAUUAAUUGAAAGGAACUAAAUAAUAUGAAACUAUUUUUGCGUACGUCUUCCGCAUAUAGAACUUACACAAGUACACAUCGUGGUAACCACUUAGGUAUGCGUUAUGUUAAUGCUAAGUCAGCGCGUCUUGUCGAACGCAAUGCCGCCAGCCUACUACGAAAAAUAGAAAA